AGAUUUUUCGCUCAAUUGAGUUUGCAUUGAUUAGUUGUGCGUUUGAUCGAAGCAGCUCUUCAAGUUUCUAAACAGUAUACCAGAUGGAUUCUAAAAAAGAGAAAGGGAGAAGAGAAAUUUGGCCAAAAGAAAUGGUUUUAGAAUUAUGUCAGUUCCUAAACAAAUAUAUCACGAAACAUGGUCGCACUUCCCCAUUCAAAUGGGUCACUCUUCAGCCAGAGUUUGAAAAAGUUAUAAAUCAUAAAUUCGCCAGUGACAAAGCUAUGAAGAACAAGUAUGAUAGUAUGAGAAAAGAGUACAACCUUUGGAAGUCACUUAAGAAUGGAGAGACUGGUCUAGGUUGGAAUGAAAGUACCAAGCAACUUAAUUGUACUGAUGAAUGGUGGAAAAGAAAAAUUCAGGAAAACCCGAAAGUUCUAGCAAUUCAAAAUAACCAACCAUCUAUACAACUACAAGAAGAGUGGGAUCAGUUAUUUGGAGAUGUAGUUGCUAGUGGGGAGAAUUGUGUGGCACCCUCUAUGGAUCCAACUACAUUCAAUGAGGUGCAUGUUGAGAAUCUUGAGGAUGACUAUGUUGAGAACCUUGAGGAUGACAAUGUUGAGGGAGGUGACAGUUUCUUUGGUGACUUUUUGAAUGAAGUAAGUCAAAAUGAUGCAUCAACAUUAAGCCCAAGUGAGGUUGCAAAAAAAUUUGAAAAGUCUACUAAAGUAAACACUAAGCCUAACCCAGUUAAGAUGAAACGUAAAGGGAGAGAAUCAUCGGGAGCUUCAAUACUUAAAGAACAUUUAACUCAAAGUAAUAUGAAUCAACAACGUGCUCUACAAAUAUUAGAAUCAGAUUCUUCCAAACUCAAUCAAAGUACUAAGUUUAGUAUUGAAGCUGCUAUGGGUUUGCUUAGCCGGAUGGUAGAUGCAGGAUUAGUGAGAGAAGAUGAGGAGUUGUGGUUAUUUGCAAUGAAUUUAUUUGAAGAUCCUGUGAAAAGAGAAAUGUUUAUAAAUGUGCCACAUGAUCAUGGGAGGUUAGCUUGGCUGCAACGAAAGCAAAGGCUCACCAACUAAAGUUUUAUUUGAGGACAUUUUACGAAGACAUCAUUGUUUCAAUUUGUUUGAACUUUAUUGCUUUUUGAUUGCUUUAUUGUUUUUUACCUUGAUGUUUUAGUGACAUGACUAUAUGUUAAGCUAUUUAUCCAUUUAUAUUUUAGC